AUGAAUUCUCAAGGCGCCAACGACGUGUCGCCCGAGGCGAUGCAGGCGCGCAUCCAGCAGGCGCGCCGCGAGGCUGAGACCCUCAAGGAUCGCAUCAAGAGGAAGAAGGACGAGCUCGCCGAUACUACUCUUCGCGCCGUUGCUCAACAAGCACACGAGCCUAUUCCCAAGAAUCAGCUCAUGAAGGCAAAGCGCACACUGAAGGGUCACCUGGCCAAGAUCUACGCUAUGCAUUGGUCAACCGACCGCAGGCAUCUCGUCUCAGCUUCGCAAGAUGGAAAGCUCAUCAUUUGGGACGCUUACACCACCAACAAGGUCCACGCUAUUCCCCUGCGCUCGUCGUGGGUGAUGACCUGCGCCUACGCACCGUCUGGUAACUUUGUCGCCUGUGGUGGCCUCGACAACAUCUGCUCCAUCUACAACCUGAACCAGCAACGUGACGGCCCUACGCGUGUGGCUCGCGAACUAUCAGGGCACGCGGGAUACCUGUCUUGCUGUCGCUUCAUCAACGACCGGUCCAUUUUGACAUCAUCAGGCGACAUGACUUGCAUGAAAUGGGACAUUGAAACUGGACAAAAGGUUACAGAAUUCGCUGAUCAUCUCGGCGACGUCAUGAGCAUCAGCCUCAAUCCAACUAACCAAAACACUUUCAUUUCGGGUGCUUGCGACGCCUUUGCCAAGAUGUGGGACAUUCGCGCCGGCAAGGCUGUACAAACGUUCGCCGGCCAUGAAUCCGACAUCAACGCCAUCCAAUUCUUCCCCGACGGUCACUCGUUCGUCACAGGAUCCGACGAUGCCACCUGUCGGCUCUUCGAUAUCCGCGCCGAUCGCGAAUUGAACCUCUAUGGGUCUGAAUCCAUUCUCUGCGGUAUUACUUCUGUCGCUACUUCUGUUUCUGGUCGUUUGCUCUUCGCCGGUUACGACGAUUUCGAAUGCAAGGUGUGGGACGUCACUCGCGGCGAGAAGGUUGGCUCGCUUGUUGGCCACGAUAACCGCGUCAGCUGCCUUGGCGUCAGCAACGACGGCAUCAGCUUGUGCACAGGCUCUUGGGACUCAAUGCUUAAGAUCUGGGCAUACUAA